UUGUGACGCGAGAGGUGGUGGUGUGCUAGACUCGGUGCGAUAUAUUUGUGUCCAAUGGCCUAAUAACCCAAGUUUUACGGUUCUGUAGUUGCCGUGUCUUAAGUGGAGCUGUGACCCCUUAAAGUAGUGUUGUGAGCCAACGAGAAGAGUAGCAGCCAUGUGGAAAGCUACGGGAAUUAUCGUUUUCAGCCUGCUGAUUUUAAAGGUGGCGGGCCAGUCGGUGGACGAAGACUUCACACCCAACAUAGAGGCGUCGUGUAAGGCCGGGUACAUGAUCAUCAACGUCUACGUCAAGAACCACGAGUACAGAGGUGCGGUCCACUCCCGGGACUUCCGCAAGCCCGAGUGCAUGGCCAUAGGCGACGGCUCCAACCACGUCACCCUCCGCCUGCCUCUCAUCACCGACAAGAACGACCCCUCCUACUGCGGCGUCAGGGUCAACAAGACCAGCAAGGAGAAGUACGUGCCUGUCGCCGUACGCAUCCACGAGACGCUGGAGCUGGCCGACGACAAGUUCUACGUCAUCAAGUGUGGUCUACAGGGCUUCUUCAACAGCAGGAACGAGUCGAGCUUCGUGAACCUCCAGCUCCUGGACUCCACGAAGAAGAAGAUCAAGGAAGCCGUGUUCGACCGGAAGUAUAUACUACGAGCCGAUAUCUCCAGACCCGACAAGGCCCACUCGAUGCGCGUCAAGAACUGCUUCAGCUUCGGGGAGCCCAACUACACAGUGCCGCUGACUGAUGACCGUGGGUGCCCCGAGGGAAGCCUCAUCACGCAGUUCGUGUAUAACGAGACGGCAGGAACCGCGGAGGCUGUGCUUGACAGGAUGUUCCGCUUCCCCACCUCCAACAGGGUCCACUUCCAGUGUGACGUCCUCAUCUGCAAGGGACCGUGUGCCAGCGAGCGGUGUGAGGGCCAGCCGGAGCGUCUGACGGUGGUGCAGGGGCGGGCACUCCCGGACUCCGACGCCAACAGCGUGGAGGAGAAGUCCGGUCGGGUUCAGGCGACCACCACCGUGUAUGUCGUGGAGCCCACCUCAGCUGGUGCAGCCUCGUGCGACUGGUACCCUCCGUGGCUCUGGAUCCUGUGCAUCGUGCUGGCCGUCCUCUUCAUCAUCAUGAUGAUCAUCAACAUCUUCCUGUGCUCUGCCAUGACCUGCUCCUGCACCAAGUCCGAGGUCAUAGAGAAGGAGCCCUCCAUCAUCGAGGAGUACGACCCCUACCGCUCCUGGCACGGCUCCCAGUACGGCUCAAGGUACUCCCUCAACGGCAAGGGCUACACCUCCGGGGCCUCCACCAUGAACUCUGCCCGCUCGGUGUCGUCUCACAGCGACCACUACGCCAUCGUGCACUCUCGUCCCAACUCCCGCUACUCAGGUCACCACUCGCUGAAGCACGACCGUCACCACCACCCGUCCUCUAACUCUCGCGGGCCUCCCUCCACCACCGGCAGCCAUUACUCCGGCAAGUACUGAGCCUCUUGCACCUCUUCACCAUCUGGAGGACGACGAGUCAAGAACAGACUUGGAGAGUGAAUACAGCAACGUUACAUAUUUUCGGUUGCGGGAAAGUUGGUAGAGGGUGGGGGUGAAAGUUGGUAUGGGUCUGGUGAAAGCUGUGUGGUAUUUCAUAUUAGAGUUUGAACUUCCAGGUGCAGCGACAAGGCUCCUGGAGCGAAUAGUAGACUUGUGUGGGACUUGAUUGGUCUUGUAUGUUUUUUCUGAAAAUGCAGGACCUAUCCCCCUAAAGUCACCUAUACCGAGGGGCGGUAUGAAAGUGAGUACAAUAUUGGAAGUGCUAUUUUUUCCAUGGUGACAAUUUUGAAAAUGUAAGUAGCGAAAUACACCUGUUCUAGAAUGUUGGCUUCAAGUUCCCUGAACCCGAAGAUUUCUGUCCACUCUGCUGAAGAUUAGUGAUACCUUCGCCAAGCUUCCUCAAGUAUUCCAGUACGAGGUGCCGCUCCUUGGGAAGAGUGUCGUCGCUUCCAGCAGCACCUAAGUCUUGACUUGGUCUCUCUCCCCCUCUGAUCAUUAGUUUGGAAAAAGAAUUAUGGAUCCCGAGCAGCAGCAGCAGCAGCGGCAGCAGCAGCAGCAGCAGCAGCCCCAGGGCGAUACUGACGGAGUGGGUUAUUCGCGUGUUUACUUCCAGUGAUUAUUCCUGCACAAGUGAUUGGACGCUCCCGGUGGCCGGAGUUUUCCAGGAUGGCUGGAGUCUCCCAGUGAUCGCAAUUUCCAAGUGAAUAUAAUAUUUUUAAGUGGAUGGAAUAUCCCCUUACCGGAAUCUGCUUAGAUUCGCCAGUGUGAUGGGCUUCCCGUCUUGAUCAUCACGGUACCUCCAGGACUCCAAGCGUCGCGAUACUCUCCCUCAGACAUGUUCAAGCGUUGCUGUUGCUGCUUCUAUAAUGUGUUUAGCUUUCUCAAUACUUAAUACUUUUAUCUUUGGGUGUCUCCAGCGCCUUCCUAACCUCCACACUGCUUUCCUAUUUUAUCGAUAAAUGACGGAAAACCUUCAUCAAAGUCACAGGCAAAUUAGGUACUAUAAUGAAAGUUUUUAUAGAACGCGUGAUACAAAAUAAAUUUUCUUUUGCUGCAAAGAAUAUGUUAUUUUUACGUCCAAGAAAAUAUUAGGUUUGCAAGGGAAUUAUAUGCUCUCUCAAUUAUGUUAAAUUUAAAGCAGCAAAUAUGCAUUGUAUCUAUUGACAAAUUCUACAUAUAUACAAUGAUGCGAUCCCGUUGCCUUCCAGUAGCCCUAUAGAAGAUUGAUUUUUUUCCCCUUAGACGAAAGAGGGAAAGUCUCCCACAUCUUUCUUGAGUCUCCCCACGUCAGACUCGAGCCUCCCCACGUCAGACUCGAGCCUCCCCACGUCAGACUCGAGCCUCCCCACGUCAGACUCGAGCCUCCCCACGUCAGACUCGAGCCUCCCCACGUCAGACUCGAGCCUCCCCACGUCAGACUCGAGCCUCCCCACGUCAGACUCGAGCCUCCCCACGUCAGACUCGAGCUUCCCCACGUCAGACUCGCGCCUCCCCACGUCAGACUCGAGCCUCCCCACGUCAGACUCGCGCCUCCCCACGUCAGACUCGAGCCUCCCCACGUCAGACUCGAGCCUCCCCACGUCAGACUCGAGCCUCCCCACGUCAGACUCGAGCCUCCCCACGUCAGACUCGAGCCUCCCCACGUCAGACUCGAGCCUCCCCACGUCAGACUCGAGCCUCCCCACGUCAGACUCGAGCCUCCCCACGUCAGACUCGAGCCUCCCCACGUCAGACUCGAGCCACGUCAGACUCGAGCCUCCCCACGUCAGACUCGAGCCUCCCCACGUCAGACUCGAGCCUCCCCACGUCAGACUCGAGCCUUCCCAAGUCAGACUCAAGCCUCCCCAAGUCGCAGGUCACCCCACUCGCUCUAAGGCCGCAAAUAGAACGAAACAAAAGGACAGAAAGUUACGAGGCUUGCCCUCCCCCUCCGACUCACAGCAUUACAAAUAACCUCCAUAUAUCUUCACAACAGCCUUAAUAUAUCCCUGAGGAAUGAACACUCCUCAGCAGAUCCUCAGAAAUAUACGGCCUCGUUAUGUACCUGGGAGAAGGAGGCUGAGAGAAAAAAUGAAGUAGUUUUCUUCCCGCAGAGUUUAAAAAUUUCAUCGCAAAUCUCAAAGUUGGAGUUGCAUAAAAGAUGAUUUUUUGUUUGUAUAUGUUCAGAAGGUAGAAUAUAUAUUUGAGUAAAUGUCCCACAAACGUGUAUGUUUAUAUGUAUGCGUAUUAUAUCUUGCACGCACACACACACACACACACACACACACACACACACACACACACACACACACACACACACACACACACACACACACACACACACACACACACACACACACACACACACACGCACACACACGCACACACAGGUCACAGGAGCAACUAUUUCUGUGGGAGGGGAGGAAAGAGGAGUGCAAUUGGAGGUUUGUGAUUGGCAGCUGAGGCACCACUUUGGUCUUGUUUGGAGCACAUAACAGGGGGGGGGGGGAUGAGGACAAAGGUGCUCGUCCAGACCUGAUGGGCCUAUCGCAGCAGCUGUAAAUAGUACUUACGACCCUAUGUGCAGUGUUAAUGUAGCUGGAUCUUGACCCGAGAUGAAGAUCGUUGGAGAUGCCCAAGAGGUGGUAGUUCACUAUAACAGUCUGGCAUAAACUUUAGAAGUCUGUGUCUUCUUUUAAAUCUCUCUCUCCCUCCCUUUCUCCCUCUCUCUCUCUCCCUCCCUCUCCCUCCUACUCUGUACUCCAUCACAGGUCUCAUCUUAUUAUUCUCCUUCGCCAUAACUAACAUUUUAAGAGCUUCUAAGCUGGGGAUAAUUAAAUAAAUGGUUGACAGUAAUUAUAAUUAGGCUGAAAAGAAUGAUAGACUAAAAUGUUGGUUUGUGAGGAGAAAAAAAGGGCAAAGAACUAAGGGUGCCGAGUAGGGUUUGGUGGGUACAAAGGAAGGCAUCAGCUGUCCCUUAAGGAGUGUAAGGGUGUACAAAGGUUCUUUGAGAGAAAACCUAAAAAUGUCCUUUGAAACUAAAUCUUUCUCUCUUGAAGUCAUAAUCAUCAGUUUUUGCACUUGUUAUCUGAAAUUGGUUUAAUGGUUUAAUUGGAAUUAAAUUUAAUUAAUAAAGGAAAUUUGUUUCAACCUUCUUAACAGGUUUAAAGAGAACUUUUUCGAUUGUCCUAAACUUGAUUACAGGAAUGUGUCCUAAUAACUUAUUCGUAAAGGAUUACACAUGUGAUGAAAAGGAGUUACUACUUUUUUGGGGGGAGGAACGGGUGGCAGAUUUGUCUAUAAUAACAAUUUUAGUUAUGUAAAACAAAGAGUGCCUGUUAAUGCUAGUUUCAGAGGACUAUGUUCUUGUUUCAUUAAUUCAUAAUUUAAAGGAAACAGUGCCUAUGUCCCUUCCAGAUAGUGAUGCCUGUGACGUAGUUCAAGAGUUCUUCUCUCUCAUCCUCACGUGUUCAAACACGUGAGGAUUAAACACGUGUUAUCUAUAAUCAAACACGUGAGGAUACGUAACACGUGUAACAAAUGACAAAUACGCAUAGGGACGCGACGCAUCCUCCAGGUAAACUAACCAAUGACUCCAGGGACAAAGUUAUACACUAAAACUAUGAUAUGUUUCCCCGUAUGGGCGGCGCUGCGCGGUUCUGAACCACGAUUCUUCAAGCCUUUACGCAACAACUUACGAAACCUGUUCAUCAUUCCUUAAGCACAGCAGCUUUGUUUACUUAUAUUAAACCAGUUUAAAAGCUUGAAACUUGACAACCCAAGAUUAUUAUUGUUAUAAACAAACUUGCAGUGCUUCGGAGCUCAAACUGUUUAGUAACUGUAAACAAAGUCGCCAUGGUUGAAGAAAGAUGUACAGGUUUGGUAGUGAUUAUGGAAAUGCUCGAGGAAUCCUGGCCUUACUGAUACUGAUGUUAGGGUGUAAUGAAGUACGCCGAGACCCCCUCUCCUGUCCCCCGUCGCUGACAGAUGACGGUCACGGGGUAAGGUGCAACCUGUCCUCUUACUACCUUAGUUUUUUUAUGGUAUCAACCAAUCCGUUAAAAAUGCGACGCAUUAGUAAAAAUUUAAGCACUGUAAUAAUGACGUUUCCUCUGCAUCUGCCUCGAUAGAUUAAUUAAGGCAAGCUGCUUGAGUUCGAGUGUUUCUGGUUAGGGAAAAGGUCGCAUUUUUUACGGAGUGGAAAAUCGAGUGGAGGAGCUGAGAAUAUAUGGUACAAUCCACUAGUUUUCAAAAGGAUUUUUGUUGUUUUUUAACAAGCUGCGCAAGAGGAUUGGACUUGGCUUAAAGGCUGUUAAUAACCUGUUAAUAUUACCAUUAUCUCUCAUUCAUGUCACACACACACACACACACACACACACACACACACACACACACACACACACACACACACACACAAUGGACAUUAGAUUAAAUUUUACUGGCAAAGAUUGAAUACUUAUUUUUUACCGCGAAUGAAUAAUAUCUAGUCCUUUUUGUCAUUAAAUAUCGCCCUCCAGUCACCUGAAAUAAUUAGUUUGACAAAAGAUUCAGGUAACUACUGUGCCGAUCCGUUUGAGUGACGUCAUCGUCACGGUGUCAAAACUCCGUCCAGUCGACCUUUUUAUGUAAAUAAGAAUUAAAAAGAACAAAUUAUUUAUUAGGAUUUGUUCCACUUUACUCAUUCACAAAUAUCGGUGUAUUUUUUACUCGCUCCUCUGAUAUAUUAAAACGUCCGACGAUAGCUUGUUUAGGCUGCUAUCGUCAGGGGGCACGAUUGAUGACGAUUGAUGUAACAUCAAUUAUGCGACGCGAUGGUGACCGAUCGCUGUUGCCAAGUCUACUACUCCCUAGAACUACACUUAACUCUACAUCUCUGUAUUAGCUUUCAUAAUACAUUAUUCGGUUCUGCAACUGUAUUAUCCCCCGCCUCACGCUGUUCACGAGAACACAAGGUGUUAGUCCAUGUUAUCACCGCCAUAAUCACACUAAUUUAACGAUAACAUUGUAUCACUGCGUGUUCUUGUUAUUCAUUUCCCCUAUUCAUUAUUUGUGCCGCAGUGAAUGUUGAUGCGUCAUUCAUCACGUGGAUGAUGAGCUCAACUUUGUUUACUGAGGCAGUGUGACUUCGAGAAUAGUUACGUUACCUUGAGAUUUCCUUGAGGUUACCUUGAGGUGGUUCCGAGGAUCUAUGUCCUCACAGUCCGGGUGUGUGACCAGGCCUACAUGGAGGUGGUCUGGUCAACCAGGCUAUUGCAGUUGGCAGUCUGACGUCUGAAUCACGACGUGGAUGACCAGGUACCUAUUGCUGUGAAUCUACAGGUGACGUUUCCUGUUGUAACUAAGGCGAUCGGAUAAGCUUUGCUUGUUGUAUUCCUGUUAAGUUAGCCAUUGAUUAAUGGUUCAAUGGCAGUGUAAUUUUCAUAAUUUAGAAUAUUUUUGUGUUUGAAGCUGAUGUGAAUAGUAAGUCCAGUGGUGACUAAUUGAUUUAUUGAUUGUUUGAAAGUGUAAUUAUAUUGAUUGGUAAUUAUUGAUGUGAUAAUUAGAGGUAAUUAUUUUAAACUUUCUUGUUACAUUAUAGGAAACUAAAUACAUAAUAAUUGCUUCAUGAACCACAGCGAUGGGUUAACAAGUGAAUGAUCAACAACUUUUAUUCUGCAAUGUUGGUGAUUUUUUAUAUAUUAAAUAACAAGGAAUGUUUUUCUUAAUUAUUUUGAGGUCUCCCCUCCUCCGUCCCGGCCGGUGGCGGUGUUGCACUUCCUAUGACAAAGUUAGAAUUUGAAAAACGGUUAAAAUGAAUAUAGAACGUUUGUGAAGGGACGAGGAUCCUUGACAGUCUGUUACAACGUUGGAACUUGGCAUGUACCGAGAGCUGGAAUGUUAGGAUUCAACAAACAUUGACAUGUCCACUUACGAAGCCUGUACAUCUCUCCUACAACAUGCGGGUGGCUUAAGUUUCUAUUAAACAGUUGACGCGUUUCGAAACUUGUCAAACUAAGGUAAUUAUUACUAACAACCUCCUAGUGCUUCGGAGCUCAUAAACGGUUCAAUAUAUGUCAACGAAGCCAUCAAAAGUAAGAUGUACAGGUUUCGUAAGUGUAUAUACAAGUGCUUAAUGAAUCCUGGAUAUGCCAAGGGAAAGUCAGAGUAUAAUGGAGGAGUGUGUUGAUUUUUUUUAGUCCCUAUUUUGACUACUAAUACUUCAUACAUUGUAGCUUCGUGUUGCUCUUAAUCUCCUGAGCUAGUAAUAACAAUAAGCCAUGUGUAAAAUUUGUACAAAGACUUAUAAGUUUUUAUUAAAAUUUAAUAAAGUC